GGCAUCGAAAGCAUAACCAAAGUGUAUAUGCAUUUACCGACGACUGAUAACAAGAAACAUACGGGUGAAUACAAAGCCAUAGCUGAAUGGCUUCUGGAGACUGACGGCACAUCACUAAUGCGAGUCCUAUCGGAACGGGAUGUGGACCCGGCCCGCACCUACUCUAAUGAUAUCUGCGAGAUAUUCGCGACUCUGGGUAUCGAAGCCGUGCGGAAAGCCGUCGAGAAAGAGAUGAAUCAUGUGAUCAGUUUUGACGGCUCGUACGUCAACUACAGACACCUGGCAUUACUGUGCGAUGUUAUGACAGCCAAAGGACAUCUCAUGGCUAUCACCCGACACGGCAUCAAUCGUCAGGAUGUCGGCGCUCUUAUGAGGUGUUCCUUCGAGGAGACGGUAGACGUGCUCAUAGACGCCGCCGCUCACGCAGAGGUCGACCACUUGAGAGGUGUCUCAGAGAAUAUAAUUAUGGGACAGUUGGCCAAAAUGGGAACGGGAGCCUUCGGUAUGCUUCUGGACCCGGAUAAGUGUAAGCAAGGCAUUGAAAUACCAAUGAAUAUGCCGGGAAUGGCUACUAUGGGCGCCGGUAUAUUCUUCGGAAGCGCUGACUCGCCCUCAAUGGCCGGUAUGACACCGCAGAUGACCCCCUGGGGACAGGGAUCCACACCGGCCUACGGACAGGCCUGGUCACCGGGACUGGGGCUCGGAAUGACUCCAAACGCGGCCGGUUUCUCACCCCGCGUCCGACGCGAGUGGCUUCUCUCCCGGCUAUUCGCCCGGUUGGUCACCACAACCCGGUUCGCCCGGCUCUCCCUCUUCGCCGUACAUCCCGUCACCGCACGGCCCGCUCUCUCCAUCAUAUUCGCCGUCAUCGCCAGCCUAUGCGCCGAUGUCUCCCGGAGUGGGGCCCUCCAGUCCCACGUACUCGCCUACCAGUCCCUCGUAUUCGCCAACGAGUCCGUCAUAUUCGCCAACGUCUCCGAAAUACUCUCCAACGAGUCCGAACUACUCGCCCACCAGUCCGUCAUAUUCUCCUACCAGUCCCUCGUACUCACCGACGAGUCCGUCAUAUUCGCCGACCAGUCCUUCAUAUUCUCCAACCAGUCCUUCAUACUCUCCAACCAGUCCUUCCUAUUCGCCGACAUCGCCCUCCUAUUCGCCUACCAGUCCGUCGUACUCACCGACAAGUCCUUCCUAUUCGCCGACCAGCCCUUCCUACUCGCCUACCAGUCCCUCCUAUUCUCCGACUUCGCCGUCUUAUUCACCAACGAGUCCAUCGUAUUCCCCGAGCAGUCCCUCCUAUGCACCCACCAGUCCCUCCUAUUCGCCGACAUCUCCCUCUUAUUCGCCUACCAGUCCCUCGUACUCGCCAACGAGUCCGUCGUACAGCCCGUCAUCGCCGUCGUACUCGCCCACCAGCCCUAUUCUCCCGCGAGCCCCUCCUACUCGCCCACCAGUCCCUCAUACAGCCCGUCGUCGCCGCGCUAUACACCGGCGUCGCCCAAGUAUUCUCCAACAUCUCCGCGCUAUUCGCCUACCAGUCCCUCAUACUCGCCGACGAGCCCUAACUACUCGGGUGCCAGUCCUGGCUAUUCACCCACGAGUCCCAACUACUCGCCCAGUAGUCCGAAGUACACGCCCACCAGCCCGUCGUACAGCCCAUCAUCGCCUAAGUACUCGCCUACGAGUCCCACAUACUCGCCGACCAGUCCUAACUACACCCCCACGAGCCCCACCUACUCGCCCACCAGUCCCCAGAGGUCUCAGUAUUCUCCGACGUCGCCGACCUACUCGCCCACGAGUCCUACUUAUUCGCCUACCAGUCCCACAGAUGAUGAUCACGACAAACAUUGA